UCUCUGUUCUCUGGGUUUUGUCUGACCUCAGGCGGUCUGGAGAUUGGAAGGAGCCCUACCCAUUGGAGCCUUUCUCUUUAAGACAAGACAAUAGACAACUGCAACAUGCCCUCCAUGUUUGAGAGAACUACCAAGAAAUUGGUCAAAGACAUCGGACCCCAAGAGCUCAGACCUGUCAAAUGCUUGGAGAGGGCCACCAAGAUACGCCAGUUUUCUCUAAUACAGAGGAAGAAGGCUCGCUCUCGGUUUUGGAAACUACCUGAUGACCCACUUGACGUCUCCCUCAGGCACAUCCUUGAACCAGGUUCUUCGGUCCCAGAUGCUGCUGUGAAAGUGUCUGCCGACUUCAGUGACUCCAUGGUCAGGAAGCAGCAGGCGGCUGGGAACGUGAAUGCUGGGGCAGACGUGGGCUUCUCGGGGGAGAUGACUAUGUGCCGAGGGUCCUCCCUGGAGUACCAGAUUGUUAGCACCCCACACGAAACCUGGAAGGAGCUUCAGGAGAGGAAACUGCUGGACCCAGAGCCGGCCUUCCUGAAGCAAUGCCGGGAAGCAGGGGUGAACCUGUAUGUUGUGACCGACACCGUGGAGCUGCUCAACAGCUCUAUGCUGCAGGAUCUCAGCAGCGCGAACGUCUCGGGAAAAUUCUCCAUCGCUCGGAAUAUUUGUUUCCAGGGUGAAGGACAGGGAGGGGGUCUCAAAGUGAGAGAGAAGAAGCUGACUGUGCCGAAGGGCUCGGUGCUGGCCUAUAAGAGGAAGCAGCUGGUUUUUCACAACAAAGGCUGGGGCAUUUUUCACAUCACAGAUGAUGUUGUUGAUGAUGAUGAUGAUGAUGAUGAUGAUGAUGAUACCCUUUUAGCAGAUUUCAAGCUGCUAGAAGAGGAGGUUUCCCAGAAGGUGAAAGCGGCCGAGCUCUCGAAGGGCAUGCGGGGUGUUGUGUUCUCCAACCUCCUGGCCAUGCUUGGGCACCGCGAGGCUCUUCAGGACCUCAUGGACACGCUUGAACUGGAACUGGACAAGCAUUUGGAGGGCCCUGGUGGCGCCAUCCUAACUGAACUGCGAAAGGACUCCCGCUAUCCAGAGGUUGGCUCAAAGUCCCUCCUCCUUUACCUGCUUGAAGCCUUAAUAGUGCUGAGUGACAUCCAACUUGAUCUGCUGGCUCAGUCCAUGGAGAAGAGGAUCCUCGUCCAGCAGAGGGACCUGGUGAGGAGCAUCCUGGAGCCCAACUUCAACUGCUUCCAGAACAUUCCCUUUACCCUCCAGCCUGAGCUCCUCGCCCCACUCCAGGGAGAGGGCUUGGUCAUUACCUAUGGGCUGCUGGAUGAGUGUGGCCUGAAGAUGAAGCUGAACAGCCCCAGGUCAACCUGGAUCCCAGAAGCCAAGGAGCCCCUGUCUGCCCUCUAUGGGGCCCUCUCUGUGCUGACGCAGCUGGCUGAGGCCUGAGCCCUCCUGGGGGGCAGGCCAGGGCGUCAGUCCAGUGAGGCUAGUCAGUCCUGGUCCUGCCCUUUGCUGCAAACACCCCCAGGCUGUUCUCUGUAUCCGUGAGUCUGUAUCUAUUCCACAUAUAAGGGGUAGACAGUCUCUUUCUUUGUUUGAUUUAUUUGACCUAGCACAAGGCCUUCAAGGUUUGUCCAUGCUGUCACAAAUGGCGGGAGACUCUGGCUGCUGAGUGGGGGGAUCGGUUAGAAGGUGGGGGGCAUGCAUGGAUGUAGGGAGAACAUUGAAGGAGUUUCUCUAAUUGCUCGGGCACUCAGUGGCAUUUUUAAAAGGUAGGAGCUUGAAAAGUAUAUAUAUUUAGUUCUGCUUUAAAUAUAUCCCAGGAAUACUUUGGGGAUAUAUAUGUAAACUCAUAGGAUUACAUCUUCCUGCUUCAUCUAUGGAAUGACUGUGAUUGGCGCUAUUUUCUAAUGAAUUUAUAAUUUACACCAGAAGGUGGCAGCAUUGCCACAGAGCAGGACUUGGUGAUGGCAGACACUUUCCUUGAUUUGCUUUGGGACUUCUGAGUUAAAGGCCAGCCCCUCUCUCUGCUCUGCUCUCCCACCUCCCUCCCCUGCUUUUCUCUCCCCCUUUGCUGCCUCCCCACUGCAUUUAACAUGGAAUGGCUUCUUUUUAUAGCUUCUAGAAUCUUCCUUUUAAACACUGCAUUGGUUGUAUUGAAUAAUUCCCAUAAAGAGCUCUGGGAGGUAAGACGUGAGUUUUGGGGAACUUAGAGCUGUUUCCAGGGUUUCCAGAAACGCCAGCCCUUCUGCGGGAUUACUGUGGGUUCUGUGGGAAAUGUGUUGUCCAUGCUGAGCCCAGGCAGGAGCCGUGAAGAGUCUGAAUGUUGCUCAGUAAGCAGGGCAUCUAGUUUCUAAAUGAAUUCAGCCAAGCACGGGAACUGUUUCAAAAUAUUGCAACCUGGUCAACCCAUCAGAAAGCAGGGCUGGUGCAAAUGAUAGGGGGACUUAUAAUCUGAUAGAUAGAGCGCCUGAAUUAAGCUGAAAAAUAAUCACAUUAUUUUAAAUCUUAGAACACAUAUACUUAUGUGAAUACAGGGUUAAGUUUUUCCUAAGUUUCCUUUCCAAGGCCUGUGUGAAGCGAUGGAGGAGGUGACUCUGCUGUGAAUGCAGCAAGCAGAACUGAUAAGCAUGGUCCGACUGACCCACCAGGAGUCAAAACAUCAUCUCAUCAACAUCAUUUCCUUACCUGGUGGCUAAGGACAAUAGGGACCCCCAGGGCUGCGCAUAGCUGUUUUCCCUUCCCAGCCUCACCCUAGCACUUCCCCUGUAUAAUCCUGUCCCCCGCUCAUUGCUGUCAGACAGGAUUUGAAUGCUUGUAAGCAACUUCUCUUCUUGGUUGGCUGACCUUCUCAAUAAAUGUCUUCUGUG